AUGGAGCUCCCUGAAGGAACACUGACCCUAUAUAAAAAACAAAAACCAACCCAAGAAGAACAGUCCCCUGUACAAACUCCAAGCAACCAAAACUUGUGGAGAAAACCAAAGAGGAAGAAGAGCACACCGGUAGGAAAUCCAAAGCAACUUGUGGUUGCUGAUGACAACGAUGAUAAAAAGCCCAAAAAGAAAAGAAUGAAACCUGAGAACAACAAAGUGAUAAUUGGUCAAGAUCCAUGGCCAAUCAGUUCUGAAUAUUCUGUCAAGAAAUUUGAGACAAGGAUGACACCGAACCAUCUCUUCCAACUCAUCACUGAAAUCAAUAAACCAACAGAUCUUACAAAAGAGCCAGAUGUGGUAGAUUAUCGCCAACUACAAAGGCAGGCUAUCAGAGAUAUGGGAUUUGGCGCAUUGCUGGAUCUCAAAAUCAAAAAUAUUCCAACAGCCUUGUGUAAUUUUCUGGCAAGCAAUUUCCAGACUGGUGCCAGACAAGUCCCAUUGAAUGGCAACAAUGUACUGGAUAUCAAACAGGAAGAUGUUGUUGCUGUACUUGAUCUUCCUUGUGGACCCAAACCAGUGCAAGAAUUCAAACAGAAUGAUCCUGCUAUAACGGACCAUGCUGAGAUGGUGGAUGCAUUCAAGAAAAGAAUGGGAUACAGUAAUAAAUUCCUGCCAACGAGAUCCACCGCGGCACAAUUAAUUGCUAGUCGAAAAGAUUUUGGUGAUGAUUUCAAACGAGAUUUCCUCGUCUUUGUUGUGAGCACGUUCCUACAUGGAAACACCACUUCCAGGAUCACAAUGAACAUCCUGAAGUCCCUUGUGAACAUCAAUGAAGUGACACAAUACAAUUGGUGUCAAUAUGUGAUUGAUGCACUUGUGAAAGGAUGCAAAAGUCACCACGAUGGGAAGCCAUUCACUGGACCAAUCACUUUUUUCCUGUUGUGCUACCUUGACAGGUGUGAGUAUGAGAGAGCACAUCCGAGGUCGUUCCCUGUGAUCAAAUCUUGGGACCAAAGGAUGCUGGACGACAGAAUAAGGCUUCAGGGAAGCAAUUUCACAGAUGUCCAGACACUUGAACGUCUCAAUAAACCGUCCUCAGCAACAUCUCGAGAUGAGCAACCAGAGGCUGAAUCACAGAAGGAGGAUACACAGGGAAUCCACAACACACAGCAAGUCUAUGACCUUGCCGCUCUUUACGAAAAAUUCUACCAAUUGAUUAUCACGAUGAGCAAAACUGUUUUAGACAUUCGUGAGAAGGAAAUGGAGUUAAGAAUCGAACCAGAUGAACAAGCAAAGCAAACAAUCAAGAUCCUAUCAGAUGCAAUGGUGUCGAUGAGUAGAAAGAUGCCUCCGCCUUCAGGUACAACGCAACUGGAACAAGAGCAGCAGCAACACCAGCAAGACCUCCAGGAUGCACAGAUUUGUGAAUUGUGCGAGAUGGCAUGGAAGUCCGCUGAAAGCAGAUUUGCAACAAUCAUAGAACAGCUGCAACGACAAGUAGCUGACCAACAAGAACAACAGCAACACCAACAAACUGAUGACAACACUGUAGAAGCUCCAAUUAAUCUCGCAAAAUUUCAAGACAUUGAAAUUGACAAAGCACAGGGACUGGAGCAAUUGAGCCAGACAAAUGAUGAGGCUUCUAUUGCAGUGGGGAAAACUGUGCCUACUUCAAAAGAAGUGGUGGUUGAUGAACCACAAACUCAACUACAAGGGGCACAGGGACUGGAUCAAUUGAGCCAGACAAAUGAUGAGAAUUCUCUUCCAGUGGGGAAAUCCAUGCCUACUUCAAAAGAAGUGCGGGUUGAUGGAAAACAAACUCAACCAAGAGAACAUGCAACGAAUGUCUCCACGACAGAAAAGAAGAGAUCCCAUCAAGAUUCCACCGGGCGGGAUACAGCUGUGACAUCCACCUAUAGCAAAAGGUCGAGAAGCACUGGUACCAGGAAAAGGAAAGCAUUGAAAGACGCAAGUAUCCCAAGCUUUAACCUGGGUAUCUUCUCCAGUCAGGAAGACAGUUACGAGACAACCCAAGAGAAGAACACUCAAGAAGAUGUCACAGUAACGGUUGAUCUGGAUAAAGAUGUGAAUGAGACUAUAGAAGCAGAAGAAUAUCCAGUACCAUCUGCUCUAGACGAAACAAAGAAUCCCAUUCCUUCUAUCGAUGAAAUUAUAACAAGGGCCAGUGCACCAGCUUCAGAGACGUCGAGUGAUACAGAAAAACUAGAGAUCAUUGCAGCUGUUGCAGAACAAGUUGAGAGAAACCCAGAGGUGGUUGAAGCAGUCCCUUUAAGCAUAAUUCCACCCGAUUGGAAUGCUGCUUCUACCACGGAUCGUUUACUCAUGCUGGACAAAAAUGAGUGUACCACGCCACCGCCUGCAAUCUCAAAGAAAGCUGAAGUACUUGAUGAAGGCUUAACAAAGACAGUGGAAAAGAUCCUCAAACAAAAACCUAGGAGGAGAAAUCCACCAAGAAUCCACCGGUUGCCCGAACGGUUCAGGUCGCCGUUCAUGCUGCAGAAGAAAAACAAGAAAAAAUUCAUACAGUUGACAGAGGAGAACAAGAAAAUGACUGAAGUAGAAGUCCUGUUGAUAGACUUUGCUCUCUUGCAGAGACAAGAAGAAAUUGUUAAAUCAGCGAAUUUCUUGUUUGAAUUUGGAAAAAUUGUUUGGGCAGACAGGACAGCAUUCUAUUCCAUGAGGGAAGGCACAUGGAUAGAAAACAGCAUCAUAGAUGCUUGGGCUGUCAUCCUAAACAAAGAAGAAGCUAAAAAAGACUCCCCAAGUCGGAUAUUCUUUGGUGUUUCCGCAUUUGAUAGUAACAAAGAGGAAAUAGAGUUCACGUUCUACGAGAGGUUGGCUCUUGAACUAGAAGAACAAGGACUCAGUGUAGGAUCCCUGAUAGUGGCAAAAGCCAUCUACUUCCCAGUGCACUACAGAGAACAUUACUUCUUGUAUGUGUUGCUGGUUCAAGAGAAGAAAGUCCUCGCAUUCAACAAUCUUCAUGCAAAAGAUCUGGACUACUACAAGCCAACAAAGGAUCUACUUUUUCGGUUCUUUAAAAUGUACAUUCAAUGUGUGUUUCCAAACAUAGAACUGGUCAAUGCUCAGUUGACCUUCACAGAGGUUACGCUACCAUCUCACAACGACAAAAAGCCAAAUGCGGAAGAUUGUGGAAUAUUCACAAUGCACCACAUGGAGAAGUAUGAUGGUGGUGACUACGAGGAUGGUACUACUUUGGAUUUCCACACAGGAAACAUCAAAGAGUACCGGUGGAGAUACAUGUUAAAAAUCCUUAUGCACCCAUCCAACAAAAAUAAGGAUAAAAUCCUCGAAGCAAUGCACCAGUUCUACACAAAUACUGCUGAAGAAGAACCAAAAGAAAUUCCAGAUCAUGUUGAUUUGAGCAGCAAAUCUUACUACAAUGACAAAAAAAAUCAGGGAUGGGUUAAAUGA